AAUUGAUUGUAGAAAGAAAAACUGGCCAUUUCUGUGGCCAUUUCUGUUAACAGUUAAUGCCCCAAACUUAUUGGGUUUUUUCUUCUUCUUCUUCUUCUUCAAUAUCAGUCUGUUUCAGAAUUCGAAGGCGUGGAGCGAAAAGAUGGGCAGUUUGAGGACGGUGUGUAGGCCUCAUGCCAUGUUUUCUUCCUUCCUGUUUAGCAGCAGAUGCCAGUCUAUGCCCAGUGUUUCGUUUCGGAACCCUAAUAACAAGCGUCGCUUUUCACUUUUCUCUCCCACCUUCAAUUCUUCGUCAGGCUUUUCUCGGACCGAGAAGUGGUUCCGUAUCAAUCAGCGGAGGACGCUGGCCAUGGCUUCCAAUUGGGCCAACGAAAAAUCUCCCUAUGAAACUCUCGAGUUAGAGAGGGAUGCUGAUGAAGAACAGAUAAAGAGUUCCUAUAGGCGCUUGGCCAAAUUUUAUCAUCCGGAUGUUUAUGAUGGUAGAGGAACUCUUGAAGAGGGAGAAACAGCAGAAGUUAGGUUCAUUAAGAUUCAAGCUGCUUAUGAGUUGCUCAUAGAUGAUGAGAAGCGGAGGCAGUAUGAUGUAGAUAACCGAGUUAAUCCAAUGAAGGCAUCUCAAGCAUGGAUGGAGUGGCUUAUCAAAAAGCGCAAAGCUUUUGAUCAACGGGGUGAUAUGGCAAUAGCAGCUUGGGCUGAGCAACAGCAGCGUGAGAUGAAUCUACGGGCUCGGCGCCUUUCUCGAUCAAAGGUUGAUCCAGAUGAAGAGAGAAGAUUACUGGCAAAAGAAAAGAAGGCGUCAAUAGAGUAUUUUAACAGCACACUUAAACGACACACACUUGUCUUGAAGAAGAGAGAUUUAAUGCGAAAAAAAGCAGAGGAGGAAAAGAAGAAGGUAAUAAGCCGGCUUUUAGCUGAGGAGGGCCUCGAGCUCGUUACAGAUGAGGAUGACAACAUGUAGAUAAUAAAUUGAAUUUAUUGGCCUCAAAGAAAAAUGCUGCAAAUAGCCAAUAUCAUUAGAAGAAACAGAAAGAGGAACAGAGAAAAGUUUCUGCAUAUAAUUCCCUCUAAAUUACCUUUAGUAUUUAUUGUACAGAAGAAUUGUAUAUAUACUAUUUAGUUUACAGUCUAAAAGAAAGAAAAUUGAUUCUUGCACAUGAAAA